AGCAUUGAAACAAUUUUGUUUCAGUUUGAAGACUUGCUUCAUUCUUUUGAAAAUGGUAAUGAAUAAAAUUGGAAGGUCAUAACCAAACUUUAGACCACUGAAAUGCUGUAUUUUUGAGUGAAAAUUGGAUUCAACUGCAGAUACAUCAGAAAAGCAAGAAAUUUGUUGUCAAAGUUGAGGGUUUCACUUAAAAAAAGUCAUCGCAUUAAAAAAUUAAAUACACCAUCAAAUCCAAAAGUUGUUUUGAUUGAAAAAAGACGAUAAUAACUGAUAUUUGCGAUCAAAUAAUUUUUAAAAGGUUUCGAAAAUGGCAAAUUUGAUAGAAAUGCCUAAAUUCCGAGUCCACAAAAUAAGCCGUUAGAAAGCAAUGCAUGUGUAUGAUUUAUUAAAAUCAAUGAUAUCAUUGACAUCAGCGAAGACGGCAUACCCCGCGAUAUUCGUACUUAUUGGGCAAUAUAUCAUAUCUGUUAUCAAAUAAUAGAGGGGGGAACGCGACGAAGUACGCAAAAAACAGUCUUAUUUCAAUAAUACAUAGAUAUCACCGUGCACCAUCACAGCCUAACGGCUAGACGCAAAUAUUACAAAUGCAGCUUUUAGACAUUUAGUUUCUCCAACACUGUGAAUGAAUCGAGUACCUAAGAUACCAAAAACACCAAAAAAAAUACAAACGAAUUUUCCCUAUUUUGUCAAUUGUCUCAGAACGUUCUUCACACAUCACCGCUUCAUCACAAGCAUUUUGUUAAAAGAAGAAGAAAAAUAUGGAAAGUAAGACAAUACAGGCCAAACAGGCAGUCGUAAAGAGCGAUGGCGAAAUAAAAAAUGAAGAAAAUUCAGAAGCAGAGCAGCCUUCCACGGUUAUAAUCAGGAGACAAGUGAUAACAUCAGCUGGAACCAUUGAAGAAACUUUGGAAAAUGCUCCAAUAAAAGUCGAAGACGGAAGCAAGAAAACGCUCAAUAACGGCGCGACUACAACCAACAACACUAAUAAUAAAAGUCUAGAAAACGCAUCGAAAACGAGCUCGCCGGAAAGGGUGCAACAAUCAGAAGACAAUAAUAACCAACAGCAGCAAAAUUUCGAACUCGACCGGCAGCAGCAACAGCAACAACAGCAGUCAAACUCUCAGCAACAGCAGCGAUUAUUCAACGAACAAAACGUGAUAACAACGACAGAACAAUAUGUGAAUAAUAACCAAGAAUACAGGCAGGUUCCGGAACAAACCAUCCAAUAUACCACCACCGUGGAAGUACCAUCGGUUGGUACGAUUCAACAUAUCCAGAUCGAAGGAACAACUUACCCAACAGCGGAAGCAGCCGCAGAAGACCCGAAACACGUCGAAUAUACAAAUCUAGAAAGUGUUUCGUCCACCCAGUACCCAAACUCCCAACAUUUUCCUGCCGAUGGAAACCAUCAAUACAUUUCGCAAGGACAGUACCAGCAACAACAGUACCAAAGCUACACGGUCGCUAGGGAAAACGACGAUAGUCCGCCAAAUACAUUGCUCUACAAGGAUGAUCCAAAUCUAGCCUCAUCAAGGAUGUACCAGAUUAACUAUUUGAAGGGCUCCUACGAAUUACAACCGGCGCAAUCGACGAGCAACCAGGUGACCCUAAUAGGCCACACGGGUACAAGUUACCAGUAUACAGUGCCAGCAAAUGCAAGCAAUUGGGGUUCGUCGAACAACAAUAACACCGAAUAUGCUUCAUACCCUUCAUCAAAUUCGAUAGGAAUACAUCAAUCAGGUGAAAAUCUUUCAUAUCAAAACUAUGCAUCAAACGCAGCAUGGGCUAACAUGUCAUUAGAAGAAGGGUACGACCCAUCCAUUCAAGAUGUUGAUGUUAAAGAAUGUGUUAAUUGUGGGGCCAGCAUAACACCUCUGUGGAGGAGGGAUGGCACAGGACAUUAUCUUUGCAAUGCUUGUGGGUUGUAUAAUAGAAUAAAUGGGGUGAACAGACCUCCAGUAAGAACCACCAAGAAACUACCAACGAAUGGAAACAGAAGGAGUGGAGUGUCCUGUGCGAAUUGUAGAACAUCUACCACGACCCUUUGGAGAAGAAAUAACCAGGGAGAGCCUGUUUGCAACGCAUGUGGAUUAUAUUUUAAAUUGCAUGGGGUGGACCGACCGCUAAGUAUGAGAAAGGAAGGAAUUCAAACACGUAAAAGGAAACCAAAAAGUUCUGGAUCUAGUCAAAAUCACAUUUCUUCUUUAGCAGGACCGCGGAACAUUACUCUACAAAGAAACAUGAUGCUCCAUAAUCCUAUCUAUGCCACUAGUUUAAGUGCAGAACUAGGAACAUCACCAGGCGAACAAUACCAAUUUCCGAUCUCGGUAAGUCAAGCAGUUUGCCGCAUGCCCCUUCCCAGUGCCGAACUGUUAAGUCGACAAACUAUUUCGAAGUAAGUACAAAAAAUCGAAGAGAAAUAUAAAUGAUUUUGGAUUAAAAAUGUUUUGAGUUUCCAAUCUAUUUCUAAUCCAAAAUUAAGUAAUUUUAAUGCAAACUAUUGGAUUCUUUGCAAAAUUCGACGAUUAGUAACUGAGUAAUUAACAAUAAAAUAUUCAUCAGAGAACAUUUCCUUGUUCUCCUUCUUUCCUUGCUAAAGUGUCGCAUCUCAAAACAGGAAAAGAAAUUUAAUUUUCAAACUUUGUAACGGAUCCUACAUGUUGUAUUAACUUUUCCUAAAGGUAACCAAAAUUUUCAGUACGCCAUUUCAACUAAACAUUAAAUAAACUAAUACUUUUCAUGAAAAAGUUAAAAGAUUCUUUGCAAAUUCUAUGGUAAAUUUCCUUUUGAAAUUGUUUAAACGAACGUUUAAUAACUGAGUAACUGACAAUAAAAAAUAGCAGUACAAA